AUGUCGGAAAGCCCUGAAGCUUGGGCCGGACGCAGUUGUAAUACUCAUCACAAUAUGACUUGGCACGAGGCCUCCCAGGAUCUCCUUAUCACUGCAAUUUACAGGCCCCAAUCUGCUCUGAAUGAGGGACUCUGUACGCUCGAUGAAACCAUCGACGGAUUGGCGACAGUUGUCAAGCGCUCGACGUUCUUGCAGUGCGAACAAGUCAGUGAGAUUCCGAGGGUCAAGAGGUGGUGCAAGCAAAGCUCAGAGCCGUUCAAGUGCCAACAGAAAUGGGCUGCAGAGGUGGCGGCCAGCCGCCGUGUGAGGCGACCUACCCACGGACCAGAUCCCACUCGUCGCUACUUUUCCUCGUCCAACGCACGCCGCAAGCAGUUGCUGGACGCUAAAGCCGACAUGGGAGGCAACAAGGGUCGUGGUCUGUCAACGCUCACCGGCAUUUGA